AUGGACAGUCCUGCCACUUCUGCUAGCUCUGUUGGCUCUGCUGGCUCCUCGCCGCAGCCGAGAAAUUUUCCUGUUGGCACCGGCCAAUACACCUAUGACGAGCUCUCGCAGGAAAUCUUCAAUUUAAAGCCAGCGAUGGCCACUUGCUCGGUGAGAUGGAACAAAGCCGCGCCCAUGGACGUCACAAAAUUUGCAAUGGCAGAAUACUUGUCCCAGGCUGAGCGCGAUUGCUGCUCAGUGCUGCGCCUGUAUCCAGAACAAUAUCUGAUGAUCAAGCAGUCGCUCGUGCGCGCGGGCCGUAACUUGCCGCCGGGCACUUUUAAAAAACGUGACGCGCAAAAGCUGUGUCGCGUCGAUGUCAACAAGACAAGCAAGGUUUUCGAAUGGUUUUGUAAGCUGGGCUGGAUUCCCCAAGUGGCGAGCAGGGCUCACAUCAAUUACAAUUACAUUGGCGACAACAGCAACAGAAACAGCGACAGCAUUAAAGUUGACAACAAAAAUAACUAA